AUGCAGGCUGAAUCGUUGAACAUACUAUUGAACCAGCCAGUGGUGAUUGAUAAUGGUUCAGGAACCAUCAAGGCUGGGUUUGCCGGCGAAGAACGACCCAAGAGCUAUCUCCCAGCUAUCGUUGGGCGACCCAAGUACAGCAGAGUUAUGGCAGGAGCCAUUGAGGACGACAACUUCAUAGGCAACAAAGCACAGGAGAACCGGGGGUUGUUGAAGAUCAGAUAUCCCAUCAGCCAUGGAAUAAUUGAUAAUUGGGACGACAUGGAGCUACUAUGGCAGUCCAUCUACUUGAACGAUUUACGAAUCUCAGCAGAAGACCAUCCAGUGUUGCUAACUGAGGCGCCAUUAAAUCCCAGGAAAAACAGAGAGAGAAUGGCACAGACGUUCUUUGAGACGUUUAAUUCGCCUGCAAUAUAUUUUAGUAUCCAAGCAGUGUUGUCGUUAUAUUCGUCGGGAAAGACUACGGGCUUGGUGGUGGAUAGUGGAGAUGGAGUCAGUCACAGUGUGCCAGUUUAUGAAGGAUUCUCGUUGCCAAAUGCUAUAAGGAGAAUUGAUUUGGCAGGAAGAGAUAUAACGGAGCAAUUGCAGUUGCUAUUACGAAAAAAUGGAGUGAUAUUGCAAACGAGUGCAGAAAAGGAGAUUGUCCGAAUCAUCAAAGAGAAAUGUUGUUACAUAUCAAGAGACCCUCGACAAGAAGAACGAGAUUGGUUGACAAUGAGGAACUCAAAUAAUAGUUUUGGCAAUGCCAUGGAAAAAUAUGAAAGUUUCAAAUUGCCAGAUGGGAAAAUAAUCCGAGUAGGAACAGAGAGAUUUCGAAGUCCCGAAAUACUAUUCCAGCCAGAUUUAAUUGGAUCUGAAUAUCUACCUAUACAAGAUAUGAUACUUGAGAGUAUUAACAAGAUUGAUUUAGAUUUGAGAAAUGAGCUAUAUAGAAACAUUGUUUUGAGUGGUGGGAAUACACUUAUAAAGGGCUUUGGAGAUCGAUUGUUGAUUGAAUUGAAGAACAACACAAUGAAGAGAACCAAAAUUAAAAUAUAUGCUCCUCCUGAAAGAAAAUACAGUACCUGGAUUGGAGGCAGCAUCUUGGGAGGACUAAGUACAUUCAAAAGAAUGUGGGUUACAUAUGGCGAGUACCAGGAGAAUCCCGACUUAAUUCAUUCCAAGUGCUUGUAA